CAAUCGCCAUAUUGGGCGCUCGAAUGACUUGUCUUUUUUUUCUUUAGGAAUUACUACGAGAAGGAGUAGAUAGGAGUGACUUCCAGAGCUGCACACUUGACGUGCACUGCUUUACUGGCUGCUUUUUCCCAACUGAUGCUUGUUUUUGGUAUGUCUUCGCCUAUGGUCAUUUGUGAUUUGAUCGGCUUUUCCUGGAGUACGUGUUUGUAGUCGCGUUUGCCUCAUCAGAAACUACUGUCUUGGACAACUUUUCAUGUGGAAAAUGUCAAAUGUGCGUCUCUCUAAUGGAAGUCCACCGUUGGAAAGGGUGGAUGCGAGGCUUGCGGAUCACACCAAGCCACCGGUGUGCAGAAACCUUUUUGGAUCUGUGGAUCCAGAAGAAUUUAGAAGGGAUUAUUUAGAGCAGUUGCAGGAGAUGGAAAAGGCAGACACGGAGAAGUGGAAUUUUGACUUUUCGAAGAACGAACCGCUUUCACCGGGCAAAUACGAAUGGGAAGAGGUAGACGGCAAAGACCUGCCAGAUUUUUACACAAGACCACCACAUAACGUAAAACGGGCCCCCACCGCAGGGACUGUGGAUCAUAACGGCAAUCGCAGUUGUUUGCUGAGAACUCCCUCCCAAGAGAGCGGAGGAGGGCACUCUGAAAACACGGCGGCAGAGAGUCGGUCAGACUACCGAGAAACACGCGCCGCCGCGAGAAAAAGACCUUCGUCAGAGGACCGGGAUUCUCCAUGUCAAAGUAAAAGAUCAAACAACGACACAGAGGAAGCAAACCACUGUCCAGACAUGUCACGUUCGGUAGAGCAGACCCCCAGAAAAUCAGACCCCAAGACGUAAAAAGGAAUUGUAAGCAAAGAGAUGAAGAAUGUGUGUUUCGCCAUCAGACUUCAAGAGCUUUAUGAAGUAAACAGGGACAGCAAUGAAAGAAAAAAAAAAAAACUUAUGGCCUUUCCUAAGGAUGUGCAAGGCAAUAGAAGCACUGAAUUUUUACACUAAUGUUCUGGCACUCAGUAGAAUACAUUUGCCUCAAAAGCAGACAAUGUAGCAGUGUGCAAUUGGUGUUUUUUUUUUUCCCUUUUUUUAAACUCAGUCCUUACUACCUAUGUACAUAUUCUCAUUUUAUAUGUAGCACAUAAUAUAACAUUAUGAUGAAAAAAAUCAUAUGAUGGUGUGAAUGACUUGAAGAAUUGCUGUGCAGUUUUAAAAACAACUCCCAAUAAUACUCCCUUAUUAAACACACUUCUAGAUAACUCAGACCUAGUAUCGCCAUAUUGCCAGUCUUAAAUUCAUUAUGGAUUAAUUCUGUACUCUAUAGUAGGAUAAUGUUCCUACAGUUUAUAAUAUAGAAAAGGGUGAGAGAACUGGAGACACAUUAACUAAAGAUAGCCUGCAUAAAGAUUAUAGUUAUGUAUUAGCAAUACUAUCACAGAAGUGUGCAUUGGUACUUGAUUCUGUGAUGUAAAUUUAAAAAUCUGCCAAAGUUACAAAUGCAUUCAGGCAGGGAUAUUACUUUUUAAGGGUGUGGUUUUAUGGUUUUUACAGUGUUUCACAGUAUUAUUAUAUCCCUGGGUUAUUCCACUACUUUUUUUCAAGAUUACAUUUUGGAAAUUUUUUAUGAAUGACAGCCUACUGAGUAAAUAAUUUGAAAAGGGAAACUGAAAUGAACAGUUAAUCAUACUCUUAGUCACCUUUGUGUAUUUUUCUUGCAUCGCUGUGUAGCAGAGUUUUUAGAUAUAUAUUUGUAAACACUGGGCCAUGUAUUUUUGAACUGCAGUAAUCCAAUUAAAUUCAGUCUUUUGUCACCACAUACCUGGCAUUCAUGUUGAACAUGAUGUGCUAUGUCCUGAAAAUAUGUAAAAAACAUAAAAACAAGACGUUACACUGCAUGUGUGUAAAACUUUGAAGUGUACCUGUGUAUAUUGCUUUGUAAAAACACUGAGGAAAUUAUACUAACUUAUUUAUGUUAAGCUUUUUGUUGUGUAUGAGUAUCCAAAGUGGCAUUGUGCUUUUUUUUUUAUAAACCUUUUAUAAGUUUAUUUUUCAGAUUUUGAAUAGAAUUUGCAAGGUUGCAAACUGAGCCUAUUAAAAUUUUGAUGUGGAUUUUGUAUUGCUUGUUUAAAGAGAUGAUUAAAAAAAUCAUUAUAUGAA